CGCACGUUCCCCCAAAGGACAACAAAGAAAACCCCGCCUUGAUUCGCGAUCACACUCAUCCAUCCUCCUCCUUCCCCCCGCUUUCACAAAGCCAGGAACCAGCCCCGACCCUCCUCCCCUCCGCCCAUAAAAAUCCCUUCUUUAUCCAUCCCACGCCGACCCAGAACGAGAAACGGGAGGGACGGCAGGAGAGAGAAAGAGGGUGUGUGGGGCUGUAGCGGCGGCGGCGGCGGCGGUGGUGGCCGCGGUGGUCGUUGUUGCGGUGUACGAUGAUGCUGAGAUCGUGCUACCGGCCGCUGGAGCGGUGCCUGGGGAGGCUCGGCGGCGGGAGCAGUGGAGACGGCCUCCUGUGGCACACGGAGUUGAAGCCGCACGCCUCCGGGGACUACUCCAUCGCCGUCGUCCAGGCCAAUUCGAACUUGGAAGACCAGGGCCAGGUCUACGCUUCUCCGUCCGUUACCUACGUCGGGGUCUACGACGGGCAUGGCGGACCCGAGGCUUCCAGAUUCGUCAACAAGAAUCUUUUCCCUUAUAUUCGCAAAUUCGCUAGAGAGCAAGGUGGAUUAUCGUCAGAAACAAUCAAGAAAGCCUUCGACGCUACUGAAGAGGAAUUUUUGCAUUUUGUGAGGACAUCAUUUCCUGCACGGCCACAGAUCGCUUCAGUUGGAUCAUGCUGUUUGGUUGGGGUUAUUUUGAGUGACCUUCUAUAUGUGGCCAAUCUGGGGGACUCUAGAGCCGUACUUGGCAGGAGAGCUAUAGAGGGAGGGAACAAGCCAGUGGCAGCAGAGCGAUUGUCCACAGAUCAUAAUGUUGCUGUUGAGGAGGUGAGGAAGGAGGUUGAGGCGCUUCAUCCUGAUGAUUCACAUAUUGUGGUGUACACACGUGGAGUUUGGAGGAUCAAGGGCAUUAUACAGGUCUCAAGAUCUAUUGGGGAUAUGUAUUUGAAGAAACCAGAAUUGAACAGGGACCCGCUAUUUCAGCAAUUUGCAAGCCCUAUUCCCUUGAAACGGCCAGUAAUGACAGCAGAACCUUCCAUCAUAAAAAGGAAACUUAAGCGAGAGGAUCUGUUCCUUAUAUUUGCAUCAGAUGGCCUCUGGGAACAGUUAAGCGAUGAAGCAGCCGUGGAAAUUGUCUUCAAGAGCCCUAGAGCUGGGAUAGCCAAGCGACUAGUGAGAGCAGCCCUUCACGAGGCUGCGAAAAAGAGAGAGAUGAGGUACGAUGACAUCACAAAGAUUGAGAAAGGAAUAAGACGGCAUUUCCACGACGAUAUCACUGUGAUUGUGGUUUAUCUCGAUCACUAUAAAUUGCCUCUCAGUACAUUAAACCACGGCGUGAUGAGCUGUACGAGCGCACCAGCCGACAUUUUCUCCCUCACUGCAGAUGAAGCAGAAGGGGAUCUCCUCCAUGCAAUGUCCGAGGCAUAGAGUUACCCCGGCAAAUGCUCGAAGGUUGACGACUGACUUUUUGUUUAUUGAUGUUUAUGUCAAUAAGUUUUGCUUGCGACACAGGAAAAGAAAUACUGAAGCCCGGGAACUUAAAUUGAUGAGAAAAAUCGCAAAGAUCUGGUGUAUAUAGUUCUCUUUUUGGUGUUUUUCCUUUUUCCCAUUUGAGGAGCAAAGCUGCUUUUGGUUUUUGGAGUGAAGUUCCGACCAGCUUGGUCUUUUUGGACAUUCUGUGGUUCUUUAAGAUAGAUUCAUUUUGGGGGGGCGCCAGAUAUGACGGUGACAGUGGAGCAUCAUUUUUGUUCGAUACUUAGCAACCCUUUUUGGGAAUAUGUUGUUCUUAAUUAUUGAAUUGGAUGUGAUUCGGUCACUGCUUGUC